AUGGACGAAGUGAAAGUUGUUGAUGAACAAUUGGAAAGUAACAGGGAUGUUAAAGUUAGUGAAAGUGUCAAGAUCCAAACCAAAUCUAGUAAUUUUUCCAUAGAUUCGUUGCUAUCGCAAAAUAAAUCGAAAAGUGAUAAUGGAUCUGUUGGAGAGAAUAAAGAACAGUUUCGUUUUGGUGACGGUGAAAAUAAUGAUAGACCUGUGAGUUCUGGAAGUUAUUCGCAGAUUAAUGGUGGCAAUGAAGUACUGUGUGUGAAUUCUGAAAAUUUUUCCAAAGAUUCGGAUGAUGUUGUGUCAACUUCCGGAGAGUACUUUCAAAGGAGCUAUAGCGGCGAUAGUUCUUACAACGAUUGUAAGUCGGAUGAAGACCGAAAAAAGAGGCCAAGGACUGCAUUCACAGCAUCACAAAUCAAAUCCUUAGAAGCGGAAUUCGAAAGAAAUAAAUAUUUAUCGGUGGCCAAAAGGUGCCAAUUAUCAAAAAGUUUGAAACUGACCGAAACACAAAUCAAAAUCUGGUUCCAAAAUAGACGUACCAAGUGGAAGAGGAAGUAUACAAAUGAUAUUGAAGUUUUGGCGCAGCAAUACUACAACUCUAUGGGAAUACUUACACCCAGACCGAUUUUCAUCGGGGACCGCUUGUGGUUCUUUAAUUAUCCGGGACAACCAAGCUUAUCCUCGGCUACUUCUGGCGUCCCCAAUAUGGUACCAAUUCCGUCAAGUUCUAAUGGAUUGGUACCACAAGUGCCUUUAGGACAUCCACAGAGACAGUGUUUACCAAAUUAUGUGGAUUUUCCGGAACAACCUCCUUGUGAACCAUCUCCUAUAUUGCAGUUGCAAAAUUUUGGUAGACAUUUUGAAAAUUCAUAAUACUGAAGUGAUUUAGGUAGGUUCCUUAACUAUAACUGAACUGUAUAGACAUAUAUAUUUAAUUUUAUUGUAAAUUCAUAUUAUUGUAUAAAACUUGUGCCAAAUAUAUCUCUUAGGAAAGCAUCUGAA